UUGAUGUGUGAUACCGGCGUUGUGUGGAGGCAGCGAGCGGUUAGAGGUGAUCGCAGCGAUUGCUGGUGCAACCAUCCCACGUCAACAGGCCAACCAGCGGCUUAUAUGGUGCCUCCGAGUGUCACCCAGCGACGUCGCGAAUCCACAAGAGAGCCGGCCGGUUUUAAUUAGGCAGUAAAGCUAUUAAAACAAGACCGAUUGGAAAGCUUCGAAAAUGGACUAUGAUUUCAAGAUGAAGCUGACGACAGAGAGGGAACGAGUGGAGGACCUGUUUGAAUACGAAGGCUGUAAAGUUGGAAGAGGCACUUAUGGUCAUGUAUACAAAGCCAAACGGAAAGACGGGAAAGAUGACAAAGACUACGCUUUAAAACAAAUAGAGGGUACUGGAAUUUCUAUGUCUGCUUGCAGAGAAAUAGCAUUGCUGCGGGAGUUGAAACACCCAAACGUUAUUGCUCUCCAGAAAGUAUUUCUGUCACAUGCAGACAGGAAAGUGUGGCUAUUGUUUGAUUAUGCUGAACAUGAUCUCUGGCACAUAAUCAAAUUUCACAGAGCUUCUAAAGCAAACAAGAAACCAGUUCAAUUACCUCGAGGGAUGGUGAAGUCCCUAUUAUAUCAGAUUCUAGAUGGCAUUCACUACCUGCAUGCUAACUGGGUGUUACAUAGGGAUCUGAAACCUGCAAACAUUUUAGUCAUGGGUGAAGGACCAGAACGAGGGAGAGUCAAAAUUGCGGAUAUGGGUUUUGCUCGAUUGUUUAAUUCACCUCUGAAGCCUUUAGCAGACUUGGAUCCAGUAGUAGUAACAUUCUGGUAUCGAGCACCAGAGUUGCUACUUGGGGCAAGACAUUAUACCAAAGCCAUAGAUAUUUGGGCUAUUGGCUGCAUAUUUGCUGAGCUGCUAACAUCUGAGCCUAUUUUUCAUUGUCGUCAAGAAGAUAUCAAGACUAGUAAUCCUUAUCACCAUGACCAACUCGAUAGAAUAUUCAAUGUGAUGGGAUUUCCAGCAGAUAAAGAUUGGGAAGACAUUAAAAAGAUGCCAGAGCAUUCAACGUUGAUGAAAGAUUUCAGAAGAAAUACUUAUACUAACUGCAGCCUUAUCAAGUAUAUGGAAAAGCAUAAAGUAAAGCCAGAUAGCAAAGCUUUCCAUUUGCUUCAAAAGUUACUCACAAUGGACCCAACCAAGAGAAUUACCUCCGAACAGGCUAUGCAGGAUCCCUACUUCCUUGAAGACCCACUUCCUACAUCAGAUGUUUUUGCCGGCUGUCAAAUUCCUUAUCCAAAACGAGAAUUUCUUACAGAAGAUGAACCUGAUGAUAAAGGAGACAAGAAGAACCAACAGCAACAGCAAGGCAAUAAUCACACUAAUGGAGGUGGCCAUCCAGGGAAUCAAGACAACAGUCACACGCAAGGACCCCCCCUCAAAAAAGUCAGAGUUGUUCCCCCUACCACUACCUCAGGUGGACUUAUCAUGACCUCAGAUUAUCAGCGUUCCAACCCACAUGCUGCCUAUCCGAAUCCUGGACCAAGCACAUCGCAACCACAAAACAGCAUGGGAUAUUCAACUACCUCCCAGCAGCCUCCACAGUACUCACACCAAGCACACCGGUACUGAGCUGUAUCCAAUUCUCAAGCUGAAUGCACUCACUGAGACUACAGACUGACCAUAUGGCUGGCAGCCUGGGUCUGGCUCAGUUCCCAAGAAUGUACUGUAUAUCCACAUUAGCCAAGUUCUUUUCUUUCCACAGAUGGAGCAGUGUCUCCACAAUGUAAAGUACUUGGGUUAGACUUGAAAAGAAAGCUCUAGCACAGUUUGUGUUUAUUGACAUGCUGCUUCCAUAGUUUACUUGACCUGCUUCUUCAGAUCAAUUGUUCUCCUCCCCCCACCCCUUCCUUAUCGUUACAUAUUGUAGCAGUUGAAGCUGUGAAUGUGCUAGAGCAACCAUUUUUAAUUUUUGGUGAUGAAUGUUCUUGCUGUUUAGCUUUGUUUUAUGAAUAUCAAGAAAAUAUCUGGUACUUGAAGAACAAUUAUGUUUAAUAGUCAUCCAUGAUGCAGACUAUACAUUAUUUGGUACAAACUUCAAGUUUGUGUGCAUAUUGUGGUAGGUUACUUAUGUCUCUGUUUUAUGUCAAAUGUAUUUGCAGCACAAGAUUUUAUUGUAUUGUAAGCUUCAUAAUUUAUCAACUGAUUGUAACCUCCCAAAGUCUCCAUCUGGGCAGUUUUAACUGUAUAUCCACAUUGUCCAAACACACCUACAGCAUAUCCCAUCCCACUCUUUACAAUUGACUUGAGAUAUAACAGCUGCUACAUUUAAUUCUACCAGCAGAAAUGAACUGUACUGAGUAUUGUAUCUAUAAUCUUUAUCCAGUGUCUCAAAGGACAUUUACUUUGGGCAGUGUUUUUUUUUAUUGGUGUUGCUGAUUUGUGAGCAUGCUUUGGGGGUAGCAAACAAAAAGCAUGUGUCUCCAUGUUUGCAGCUUCAGCUCGGAUAUUUUGUCAAGAAUUUGCAAAGCUGACAUUGUAUAGUGAAUUUAAUUUUUGUUGAAUCAUUUUUUUAAAAAAUGGAAAUGUAUGUGCUUUUAUUGAGUGCCCUUAAGAUGAGUGUGAGAUGUUAGGAGAGCCUUAGAAUUCAUUUAAAAAUGUAAUGUGUACUGUACUAUUUUACAUGAACGAAGCAAGUGUUCUGACAAUAAAUUUUGAAAACUUAUAGUAUUAUCUUUACUACUGUUAAAUUUUAUUAAGUAUUGUGGAUGCCUUUAAUGCAUUGAAUGAAAUACCUUUUGAUUCCAUUUUGUUGAGUAUGAGAUUACACAGCUGGAACCUAAGCAUUUUUUCUCAACUAGUUA